GUGUUUCUGAAAUCCCAUAAGUAUAUUGUUCAACUUGGAUUUCUGUUGCAAAACUAGAAAGUUCUUUUGUAAUAAUAGAAACAGAUUCGGAAGAGUUAAAAUCUAUUGAAUCUAAACCUUCUAUAAACUUAGUUAUGUGAUAAUUAUAAUCCAUUUUAAAUUAUAUUUUCUUUUCUAAAUUUAUUAUUAAUUCUUUUAUUUCACUUUCUUCUUGGUUUUGUUGAAUUAUUGGAGUGUUUCUAAUCUCGGUGGUUUCAUCUUUUUGUUUAUUGUUCUUAGAUCUCGAGUUAUACUGGAAUGGGGAGGUUCAAUUCUUACGGUUAUAAAUAGUACUUCCAAAUUUAUAAGAGGUUUGAAUUUUUUUUCUAUUGUUAUGACUUCCUUAUCCUUAAAACCUAAGGUGCAACGGUUGUUUGUUAGAGCAUAAUUAAUUUGAUAGGUUACUAAAAAUGGUUUAAUAUUUUCUUUCAUGAAAAUCUCUAGCUUAAGUUCGUAUUUAUAGUUAUGGAUGAAUCCAGGUUUCCGUUUGAUAAACUUAAUCCUUGUUGGAGGUUAAUAUCAAAUUUUAUAACUCCAAGUCCUAAGUUUCCUAAUCCUUUGGCUAUUAUGCUUUCAUCAAGGUUUACUAGUCUAUCAUCCCUUAUUUCUAAAUCUAUUGUAGCAUUUAUGCCCAUUUUCAUUGUUAUUUUUUAGAAUAAUUUGUAUUGUGCUAAUAUGAAUAUAACUUAUCUUUCUUCGUUCUUCUUUGAAUUUUCUAUUCUUGAUUCUUUUAUCAUUACAACCAUAUUUUCCUACCUGAUUUAUUGUUUGGGAGCAACAUAAUUCUAUUCUAGCUUCUUUCUUAAUUUUUUCCUCGUUACAAGCUUGUUUAUGCCAUUCAUAUAGGGUUAGUAUCCUGCCUACUAUAGUAAUAGGUACUUCUUCCUUGUCUAAAGCUUCUUUGAAAGCUCUUUCUACCUUAAUUGCCACAUUAUGUGGAAGUUUUGCAUAAAACAAUUUAUCUAGUUAUUUUCUCAUUUGAGGUAUUACUUCAUAAUAAUAUUGUCUAAAUUUACAAAUAAAUGGUUCUAAAUAACACAUAUUGCACAUUCGUAAGUUCGUUAAAAUGCAAGAUCGCCUGUGCACUAAGGGUAGUAUUAGUUUUAGUUUCUUGUGGAAAUCUUCCUAGGAAUUCGAAUGUUAAUGCUCGUACUUUAUCAUGGGUUUUAAUAGCAUUGUCUCCAUAUAAUAAAUUUUUCCCUCGGAUAUCUAGGGUGCUUGGAUAAUGGUACACUGCACCUGUGGUUUUAAUUUUUAUGUAUAAGGAAAUUGAAUAUUUCAAUGGGUUGAAGUUUUCUAAGUUCUUCUUUGGUUUGUAUUAAUAUUCCCGUUCGAUUUUUCCAAUCUUCUAAAUCUUUUAAUGGGUUACUACUACAAUCCAAGUCUAAUAUAUCGAGUUGUUGAAGAUAGUGUUUGAGUAUUUUGGGAUGUAUGAGUGUGGUAUUUUACUCCAUCCUUCCUUUACUAGGAGUGUAAGAAUUUUUGUAUAAAAAGUCUUUGUAAGAGAAUUGUCCAUUAGAAAAGUUUUCAUAAUUACGCUUUUUAGAGGUUUCCGCUUCUUCUGUUUUUACAUAAUUUGUAUAAGGAUUUUCAUCGCUACUAUAAUCAUAAACUAUAUUUUUAUUCAUUUUCAAUAUUAUCUUCUGGUUCUGAAUCUAUGCUUAUAGCUGCUAGUAAAUCAUUUGGUUUAUUAAUUUGUUAUUCAAUGGUUGUCAUAAAAGAUUGUAGGGUGCUAUGAUUGUAAGCGAAUUGGGUGUAUUCAAUUUAUUGUUUCUUAAAUAUUCUUCCAAGUCUUUAGUGGUAACACAUCAUUUAUCAUCUAAUUUUAUUGUUAUUUCUUGAAGUUUAAUAAUUAUUUCCUUUAGAUCUACUUCUGAUAAAAUAAUACCGUUAGCGUUUUCACUAGAUUCGGCUACCAUUUUAUUUUUAUCUCAUAUUUUGUAAAAUUUUUAUUAACCAUAUAUUUUACUAAUUCUAAAUCAGAGUACAAUUCUUUUUGUUUUUCUUUACAUUGACAUUCUAAAAUUUUCCUUUAAUAUUUAUUAUUUUCUUAAAUUAUAUUUAUCACAUAUUUAUGAUAGUCAUCUAUUAUUUUUACUAAUUUUUCGAUUUUAUUUGAAAGAUUUUCUGUUGUCAUAUUGGAUUCAUCAAUUUACAAUGUUUUCCUUUUUUUCUUUAUUAACCUUUUUUGUCUUUUUUCCCUUAGGUGUUGUAUCACCUAACGUGACAAGAGGUUUUUUUCCCCCUUCCCAAAAAUUUCAUUCUCCCUCCCUAGUGGGCAAUAGCACCAAUUUUAGUAAUCUUCAUCCAAUACUAUAACUGCAUGAUGAUUCCAAAUAGUAGCAUUCACUGAAAAGAGUGACACAGAUGCUAUUUCUUGCCAGCUGAAUUGAAAGAGCCCACAAAUUUCCUUCCAUAUUAAGUACUUCCACACCACCACCUCAGUUUUCACAGCUUUCCAUCCAAUUCCUUUUCCUACUACAUCAGAGAGAGAGAGAGAGAGAGAGAGAGAGAGAGAAGGGUUUAAGGAAAAACGCUAGAAAUGGAGAUCACAAGAAGCUUUGUGCUUUCACUUGCUGGCAUUGGUAUAAUGGUGAUGAUGAUGAUGACGAUCUCGGCCGAAGCAACAAUGCCUGCUGUGUUUGUGCUGGGAGACUCCACAGUUGAUGUUGGUACCAACAAUUUCCUGACGGGAAGCGUCGACAGAGCUGAUUUCCCUCACAAUGGGAUCGACUUCCCUGGCUCCAAGGCUACUGGCAGGUUCAGCAAUGGCUACAACAUUGCUGACUUUCUUGCUAAGCAGCUGGGAUUGGAAAUGAGUCCACCACCUUUCUUCUCGCUUGGGAAUGGCACAGCUCCUCUGAAGAACUCGAGCUUCAAAGGUGUGAACUUUGCAUCCGGAGGGUCUGGCAUUCUUGACACCACUGGACUUAGCCCGGAUGGAGUGAAGAUGGUUGUCCCGUUGAGCGAGCAGGUUCAGCAACUGGGCUCCAUCUCCUCGAGGCUCGCCAGCUUCAAAGGUGCUGAAACCGCGGCAGACUACCUCGCGACCUCGGUGUUCAUCAUCAGCAUCGGAAGCAAUGACAUGUUCCACUAUGACCAUGACAACAGCAGCAGCAGCAGCAGCAGCUCGACAAAGGAACAGUUCAUCUCUCAACUGACAGCCACAUACCAGAAACAUUUGAGGACAAUGCUUGGGUUUGGAGUGAGGAAGAUUGGGAUCAUUUCCACGGGACCAGUUGGCUGCUGCCCAUCUCAGAGGAGAUUCAACCAGACAUCAGGCUGCUUGGAGCCCUUGAACGAGUUGGCCGUUUCCUUCAAUGCCAAGGUCAAAACCAUGAUGGCACAACUCAGCUCGGAAUUCGAUGGGAUGCAAUACUCGAUCGGGGAUACCUACUCGAUGACCAUGAAUUUGAUCAAGAGCCCUGCAUCAUACGGAUUCAAGAACAUAAAUACAGCAUGCUGUGGACUCGGGAAGCUGAAUGCGGAUUUCUUCUGCACACCUGAUGCCAACGUUUGCACGAACCGGGACGAGAUGCUGUUCUGGGACAUGUUCCACCCUUCUCAGGCUGCAUCAAAGCUUGCUGCUUCGGACCUCUACUAUGGCGGCCAACCUUUUGUGACCCCCAUCAACUUCAAGCAGUUGGCUGCCGCCUUCUAAAUGAUCCCAUUUCUUUCUCUCUGAUGUUUCUUUUGUCUAUCAUUUCAUUCGCAGCAUUUCAUUGUUUUGCUUCCUGAACAAGAAAAUCUAAUAAUAAUCUAAGAUCAAU